GUUUAAAUCCCGCCGAAAAAUGAUUACACUAUUUUGAUUUAUACUAGUUAUUUACAUUGGUUCAUGGUUAUUUCAUUUCAUAAAUUAUUGUAAUAUGAGUCGAGGUGCUUUUAUUAUUCUGGAAGGUAUAGACAGAACGGGCAAGAGCACUCAAUCAGCUAAAUUGAUAGAAUCAUUAAGGAAGUUGAAUAUCAAUGCAGAACGUAUGGCUUUUCCCAAUCGAACAUCAAACACCGGUCAGCUAAUUUCGAAGUACUUAAGUAAUAAGGAUUACCACAUAAAUGAUCAAACAAUACACUUGUUAUUUUCUGCAAAUCGCUGGGAAAAUUUGGACUUUAUUCGUUCCAAACUAUUUGCUGGUACCUCUAUAAUUGUGGACAGAUAUUCUUAUUCAGGUGUUGCAUACUCUGUUGCAAAAGGAUUAGAUUUCAUGUGGUGUUUACAACCAGAAGUUGGACUUCCUCAACCAGAUUUGGUUUUUCUUCUGGACAUAAACCCUGAAGAUUCGAGACUAAGAUCAGGUUUUGGAAGUGAACGUUAUGAGAACCUUCAAAUGCAAAAGAAUGUCUCAACAAUAUUAAGGCAGUUUGCUGAAAUAGAGAAUUACUGGAAAAUAGUAGAUGCUAGUAAAAGUAUUGAAGAUGUACAUGAAAUACUUCUUAAACAUUCUAAUGAAAUUAUUAACGAUAUUCAGAUAGAUAAAAGACCAUUGACUAGUAUUACAUCGACUGCAAUAAAAAGAACAUAUCCUAUCACAUUGGUUUAAUACUACUAUAAUAUAAAUAUCUAUACUUAUAUUAAGA